AUGAAUGAUAUUGAUGUUGAUGCCGGAUCAUCCUCGUCAGAAACAAACUUGAAAGAGCUGGUUGAUGCGUUUUGUUUCACAGGGCUUUCAAACGUAAACUCAGCUGUUUGGUUUAUUUAUGGCAGAAAAUACCAAUUCUUAUACAUAGGAAACGUCUAUCUAUUCGGCAGCUUCUGGUUCAUCAUGCGACUAUACUCCUUACCACUGACCACACUACUGGAAUUCCUCUUUGUUGUUUUACAAAAAAUUUAUGUAACCUCCAACAUGAACCUUGUACCGUUACCCAUGUUUAUUUUGGGCUCCGUAUUCAUCAUCAUUGGUGUUAUGGGUAUUUCUGUCAUUUACGUGUGGAAACAUGGUAAGAUUUUUGCCUUGGAUGAUGAGGAUGAGAUGAUGUUUAAGGAGAUUUUACAUUUUUUAUGCAUAAUUUUGGUGAAUGGGUACACGAUGUUGUGCAAGGGAUUUUUAAAAGAAGCAAACUAUGCAUGGCAAAUAUCGGGUGUUGGGCUUAUUGGGGUUUUAGGGUUUUUGGCUAUAAUAUGUUGUAUUUCAAGACUCAUUGGGCGAUGGAAAGAAUAUCGAAGGAGUCAGGUUCGUGUAGUAGCCACGAAUGAAGUGACUUCAUCAUGA